CGAGCGGUGUAGUGACUUGUGAGACUUAAUCAUGUUCUUGUCAUCGGCCGUUAAAACGGAGCAAUUUUUUUAAAUAUUUCACUUAUCAUCAUCUUAAUAUAUUUUCCUUCGAAAUAAGAGUAGUUAAUAAAUUGUGAAUAUUAUUUGAUUAUUAUUUAUAAUUAAAAUUUUUACUAUUAAUUCAGUAAGUGUUUUUUUUUUGUUGAAAUCUACGAUCUCAGUUAUAGUUAAGUUUGAAUGUGGUCGGUCGUUUUGCAGAAUUGCAGUGCAAAAUGUUAAAAUGUUGGUUUUCGAUUCGACAACGAUCUGUGCAAAUCAUUGUCAUCGCUUUAAUCCAGAUAUGUCUACAAAAAUCGGUGAGUGGACACGGCAGACUUAUGGAACCUCCUUCUAGGAAUAGUAUGUGGCGAUUCGGUUUUCCAAAUCCGGUUGAUUACAACGACAACGAGCUUUACUGCGGAGGAUAUGCUGUCCAGUGGUCUGUAAAUGGUGGAAAAUGUGGUGUGUGUGGGGACGCUUAUAACCAACCCAAGCCUAGGCUGCACGAGGCAGGAGGUGAAUACGGUCGAGGAAUAAUCAGCAGGCAUUAUUUUUCAGGUCAGACUAUUGACGUGGAAAUCGAGUUAACGGCUAACCACAAAGGAAGAUUCGAAAUGUAUCUUUGCCCCAAUAAUAAUCCCAGAUACGAAGCUAGCCAGAGUUGCUUGGACAGGUAUCCACUAUUCGUGUCUGGAACCCGACAAGUUCGCUACAUCAUUCCUGAUGAUUCGAGAAAGAAAGAAAUUUUUAGAUACAGAGUGAGAUUACCGCCUUAUGUCACAUGCACUCAAUGCGUAGUCCAGUGGACUUAUUACACCGGUAACAUGUGGGGCACGUGUGAAAAUGGAACGGAAGGACUAGGUUGCGGUCAGCCGGAGACGUUCCGGAAUUGUGCGGAUAUCCGGAUAGUGACCAGCACAUCGGGAUUGCCCCCACAGUUUGUACACAAUCGUCCUCAUUCGGAUGCUUUUGCGUCACUUCGGACCGUCGACCUUUAUAGGAUGGGCCCACAGGUUUACUACCCACAAAUUGUCAAGGCGCAGGUCUGUGUGGCGACUCCCAAGUAUCGAGUAGUGUCAGGUAUGGAUAAAUGGUGUGAAAACAAUUGCGUUAAUUUCCCGUCAAACUGCCCGGAAGAAUAUUGCACGUGCCCUGACCAGUGCUCAGGUAUUGGAGAAAUUGAAGGAAAACCGGGAGCAGACGAAUAUUGUCAAGAUCAAUGCAUCGUGUACGGUGCCAGUUGUCCGAAAAAACGGUGCAAGUGCUAUUGAUUCGAGUUGGUGUCAUCGAUUUGUGAACAGUUCAUAAAUAAAUUCAAACUUACAUGCUCUAUUUGCCAAUAUUAAAGACAAUAAAAUAUUUUGUUUUUAAUAACAUUGCAAA